AUGUUACUAAUAAUAUCAAUUUUGAUUGCAGGCACUAAUUCAUUAUAAGGUUUAGUUUCUAUGGGUAGGGCAAUUAGAACCUAAUAAUAAAUCAAUUAUUAUUUGGAAAAGUAUCAUCUAUCUCUCAAUAUGAAUUUGAUUGAUCUGAAAGAAUAUAAGGAGUUGGAUGAAAUAUAAAGUUUAAGGUAUGGGACAAAAUGCGAUUAUUGCAAUAAAACAUUUAAAAACUCAUCCUAUCUGCAAAUACACUAAUACAAUAAACACUUUGAUGACAAACUUCAAGAAACAAUUAUUAUUUUAAAUUAUAUUUGCGAAUUCACUAAUUGUCUUAAAAAUCAUGGCAGCAAUAGUUUAUAAGCAUUGCCAAGAAAUGUAAGAAUACAAAAAUGUUUGAAAUUUGCCAACCUCUAUGUUAAUUUUUCUGUUUUAGAGCUUUAAAAUUGUAUGAUCAUAUUUAUAACAAGUGAAUAAAUUUUGUGAUGAUUUGGUUCUGGAUGAAUAAGAUCCAUUUUAUUAAGAGACUCCUUAUUGGGAUGCCUUUAUGAACAUAGUUAAAACCAUAACCAUUACGAUAUAUAUCUUUGGAUCCUUAUAUGUCAUUAAGAAAAUUCAAGAUUAUGUGUCAUUUUUACAACGAAAGCAUAAGCGAACUUAACCGAAAAACUAUAAAGAAAAAUAUAAUGUUAUGUGA